GUUUGAUGUUGGGUGACAGCGUUUAUCUCCAUGUUAGACUGACUGCCAGCUGCGGCAACUUUAUCAGACGGACUCAGAAUGGAGAGAAGCUGACGCACUGUUAUUCUCUGGACCGUUAACUUUCUUCGCGAAGAUUUUCCCUCAUGCCAUUACAACCUACGUGACAGCGCUCCACAUUAUUUUGGGAACUUUUUGACCCGCUUACAACCGACUUUUCCUUAUUGUUUUACCAUCCUUUUGGACAGUUAGUGCGUAAUUACGCAGCGUACGCAAAAAGGAAUGGCUUCUCGUCGUAGACAAAAAACGGGAGUACAAACAAUUUUACAUGCGUGCCUCUCUAUUUCUGUGGUUUUCUCAUACAACAUAGACUUGGAACAUCCGUUGGUCUUCCGUGGACCCAAUUCUAGUUUUUUUGGCUACUCUGUGCUGGAGCAUUAUCAUGACAACACACGCUGGGUCAUAGUUGGGGCUCCAAGGGCGAACUCUACCUACAGUAGCUCCGUGCACGCUCCUGGUGCUCUGUUCAAGUGCAGAGUCCACAGCAACCCGGAGCGCCGAUGCACAGAGAUGGACUUGGGAAGAGGAAACAAGCCCAGAGAGUCGUGUGGGAAGACUUGCCAAGGGGACAGAGACGACGAGUGGAUGGGAGUAAGCCUGGCGCGUCAGAACAGAGCCGACGGCAGAGUACUGGCAUGUGCCCACCGCUGGAAAAAUGUCUACUACGACUCAGAGCAUAUCCUCCCGCAUGGAUACUGCUCGAUCAUCCCGCCGAAUCUCCAGGGCAGGACACAGCCCCUCAUCCCAUGUUAUGAAGAUUAUAAGCAGAAGUAUGGGGAAGAGCACGGCUCCUGCCAAGCUGGGAUAGCGGGAGUUUUUAGAGAGGAGCUGGUGGUGAUGGGGGCCCCUGGGUCUUACUACUGGACCGGGACAAUUAAGGUUUACAACCUGACGUCUGACACCUUCUACAGUCCAAACAAAGAUGAUAUUGACUCACACAGAUACAGCUACCUUGGCUAUGCUGUGACUGCGGGACACUUCUCUUCACCGAAUGUGAUUGACAUAGCGGCAGGGGCGCCUCAGCACAAUAGCAGCGGGAAGGUUUACAUUUUCAAAAUUGAUGGCGUGUCUUUGGUGAAGAGUUUUCAAGCCUCAGGGAAAAUGAUGGGCUCUUACUUUGGCUCCUCAUUGUGUGCAGUUGAUCUGAACAAAGACGGCCUGUCAGACCUGCUGGUGGGGGCACCCAUGCACAGCCAGCUACGGGAUGAAGGCCGUGUAUCUGUGUACCUCAGCAAGGGCAAUGGAGUGAUGGAGGAGCAGGCCAUUUUGAGCGGAGACAAUGCUUACAACGCCCACUUUGGAGAGUACAUUUCCGCGAUUGGAGACAUCGAUGACGAUGGCUACCAAGAUGUAGCCAUAGGAGCUCCCAAAGAGGAUGACUGUAGUGGAGCUGUUUAUAUCUAUCACGGGGAUGCCGCAGGAAUCAUCAGCAAAUAUUCCAUGAAAAUAACUGGGCGUGGUUUCAACCCUGGUCUCCAGAUGUUUGGACAGGCAAUAUCUGGCAGUGUGGAUAUGGACAGUAAUGGAUACACAGAUGUCACAAUUGGAGCUUUCAUGACGGAUAGUGUUGUGCUACUGAGGUCCCGGCCUGUCAUUACAGUGGACGUCACCAUCUUUUUACCUGUGUCCAUCAACAUUUCUGUACCUCAGUGCCACGAAGGCCAGAACAUAAACUGCUUCAUCAUCACCGUUUGCAUGCGCUUCCAUGGAAGACAACUACCUGGACAAAUAGAGUUGCUGUACAACCUGACGGCUGAUGUGGAUAAGAGACAAAAGAGCCUGCCUUCACGCGUCUACUUCAUUCAGAGUGGCUCUCAGAUCAGCCAAAAGAGCGAGCGGCUCAAAUUGGACAUCAACAAGGAUGAGUGCCAGCGCUACACUGCCUAUGUCAAAAAAGAUGUGAAGGACGUGUUCACAGCCAUCACGUUUGAGGUGGCAUACAGCCUUGGGAAGCAUGUGGUAGGUGGACAUCAGGAUGGAGACUUGCCUGCUCUCACCCCUGUGCUUCGGUGGAGGAAAGGAAACAAGAUCGCAGUGAGGAACGAGACUUGGUUUGAGAAGAACUGCCUGUCAGACGACUGUGCUGCAGACCUGCGUCUCCAUGGAAAGCUGUUGCUGUCUGGGGCACACAGCAGGCCCCAUUUGGCCCUGGGAGGAGUAAGGAACGUCUCGUUGAACUUGACCAUCUCAAAUGCCGGAGAUGACGCCUACGACACCAACGUCUAUCUCAACUUCUCCCGAGAGGUUUUCUAUAUCAACUUCUGGCAAAAGGAAGAGAAGGGCAUUUCCUGUGAACUUGUCGACUUGGACUUCCUCCGAUGCAGCGUGGGAUUUCCCUUCAUGAGAGCACAGACAAAGUAUCAUUUUGCAGUCCUCUUUGACACCACUCAGCUCUCUGGGGAAAAUGACACUUUGCAGUUCUUGGUGCAAGCAAAGAGUGCCAAUCCGGAGCACAAACUCUCUGACAAUAUUCUGGAUCUGUCAAUCCCGCUGAUUCAUGAGACUGACACAACAAUUACAGGUGUAGUGACACCGAACUCCUUUGUGUAUGGAAACUCCAUUGACACCUCGCGCUUCGUCCAGCUUGAAGACAUGGAGUGCAGCUUCCAGCCUCUCAAUGUCACUUUCCAGGUGAUAAAUAACGGGCCCAGCCGGCUGCCGGGCUCCACCGUGGUCAUCAGGAUACCCAAUCGGCUAGCUGGCAAUGGAGCAGAUAUGUUCCACAUUUUGGAGACGCAGGUGGCAGGCAGCCGAGGAAACUGCACCCCACAUCGGAACCCGACACCUUGCACAAUUCCCCAGGACCGAGAGAGCAUCUUUCACACUAUAUUUGCCUUUUUCACCAAAUCAGGCCGCAAAGUCUUGGAUUGUGAACGACCGGGAAGAGCGUGUAUGACCAUUUCCUGCAGUCUGGGGCCGCAGCUGAAAGAAGAAGCUUUGAAUAUAGACAUAAAGCUUUUACUCAAUACUGAAAUUCUGAAGACGGAUACUUCCUCUGUGAUUCAGUUUGUGACACGAGGCCAUGUGCAAGUAAAUGACAGGACGGUGGAGGUGCCCAAAGGCCUGCCAGAAGACAUCGCUCUGAUCUUCGAGGCGCUGCACAGUCAAGAGCCCAGAGGCUAUGUUGUGGGUUGGAUCAUCGCCAUCAGUCUGCUAGUGGGGAUCCUCAUCUUUUUGCUCCUAGCUGUGCUGCUAUGGAAGAUGGGUUUCUUCCGUCGGCGGUAUCGCGAGAUCAUCGAGGCCGAGAGGAACAGGAAGGACAGCGAUGAUAGCUGGGAUUGGAUGGAAAAGAACCACUGAGACACAUGCUGGCAAAGGUGGCGGGGGUCCCUGUGCCGCCAAAGAGAUUUCGGGAUCGGGUCGUGAUGAAUUCAAUGGCAUGGGGCUCCUUUUCAGCCCAGCCACCGGGCCCAUCAAGCCUUCCAUAUGUGGAAGAAGAAGAAUAUUCUCCAUAUUUUCUGGAGACUUGAUAUGUUUUGGGGAGGGGGGACUUUCGAGGUGACAGCGUGGCCUGCCAGAGGAUGACGAACUACGACAAUUUGCAGCUGGCGGUGUGGAGCCGCCGGUUAAAAGUCCGAAUGUGGAUACUGGUGGACAACAAAAACCUCAGGGCUGUGUUACAUAGCAACUUUAUUUUUGUACACUUUAAGCCAUAUUGUGCAAAAAGUGGUCAUGGAGAGGAGUUUGGGCCAUUGUGUCUGUAGUAUGUUUUCCUAAAAGCACUGAUGUCUGAUAUGCCUGAAUGCCUCAGCUACGGAGUAUAUCCUGCCCAGAACAGAUUAGACAUAUUCCUUAUAUUGAGAGUGGGCGAUUGUGUCUUCACAUUGACCAUCGUUAAAAGCUAUUGUUGUCGUCGAGACACAAAAAACACACGCACACACACGGUUUAAAACACUGUAGCCUCUGCUGCUGUCUGCAGAGUUGGCCCGCAAGUGCAGUGAAUGGGCUGGCUGAGGCUGUUAGAAAUAGUAACACUUUAUGGGUCAUGCUUUUUCCUCUUCUACACCGGUGUUUGCCAACAUUUCUUGAGCCAAGACACAUUUUCACGUUCAUCUCGAGUGGCAUCAGCAUUGAUAAGCAAGUACUGUAGCUCACUUUCGGUGAUGUUUCGUAUGAAGGAUUUUUGCUUGUGUAAUGUGUUAGUGAUUCCUAAAAUAAGUGCUCCGUAUGAAGAUGACCAACCCCCAAAUAAAUAGCGGUAAAUAGCAACUCACUGGCCACAACAUUAGGUACAACUUUAUGUUCUCAUUUCAUCUGCUGCAGUGGAACCGCCGAAGUGGAACUUAGUCCGUACCGUUAUACUAGUUGUACUAGAUUCAAAACAAAAAUAAAGAAAAUUAAUUUGUCCCAUUCUUUAAUUUAAUAUCUUGAUAAAAACCUUUAUUAAACUGUACAGACAUGAUUUAACAAGCACUUUUUAAUCAUCUUAACGGCCAUACAAGCAUAAAAAGAAGUUAAGCACUGUAUAACAAAACUAAUUACAAAUAGUAAAACUACACCACUUUUUUACACAAUAACAAACAAUUCAUUCUGUGUAGGCAGCGUUUUUUUUUUUUUUUUAGUUCGAUUUGAUUGCGCUGACGUACCUAAUGUUGGGCCCAGAGUAUCCUAAUGGAUCAUGUUCUAAAUUCUCAAUGAAAUGUUUAACUUGAUACAAUGAGAUAAGAUGAUGUUAUGAUUUAUGUGCACGCUGAUCCCGAUUCGACGACAGCUGCGAGUAUUGAGUUUGACUAUGAUGUUAAAGUAUACUAAUACUGUAGCUAUAGUAUCGUAUGGAGUCUGGGGUAAGAAACCUGAGCUUCAUGGCCCACCGCAGCCUGAUGUAUAUAUGGGAUUGGACCCCCUCCUGGGUCUUUAGUAUGAGUCAUGCCCUAAAAAUAGGUGGUGAUGGGCUACAUUAAAUAAUUACACUCGAAUUAGCCUUUUAGGGCUUUUUUUGACAAGAACAGAAGCAAACCGAUAGGCGAAUAAUAAUAUAUUUGCUGUCAUCCAAUUGCCUCGCAGCUUUGGGGCCUGGGUGACUGAGAAUCUACACAGAUGUAAAGAAGUAUUUUAGCAAGUACAUUAUUUCUUUGGGAUAUUGUGACUCAAAGUUUAAAAAAAGAAAAAGACUUGGGCAAUUAUUCUCUUAGGAUCACGAAACAUUACCGAACUGCUUCCAAUAAAGUGUUUAACUGCGCUCAGCCAUGCCAUUUUGACUUAAUACAGAAUACAGUGAAAGGGAAUGUAUAUAAAAUGACCCCCAACAUGUAACAGCUGUAAGUAUUUUAAACAUUCGACCAAUUGACAUUGACAAGACCUCCAGUGGAAAUUUAGAUUUAGGUUUAAAUGCACCUGUAAUUCAGACUUUCUUCAGGGCUGCAGUGUUGAGAGGCACACUGAGAUUUUUUUUGAACUUCCUGUUGUGUUGUGUUAAUUGGACUGGCCACGCUUUUGUUACCAAUUCCACUGUCUUGACAGCAUAUACUUGGUACACCGUCAUGUCUUCAAUCCGCUUCAUUACCGAUUCAAACCUGAAUGCCGAACCAAGGGACACUUGACGUUUCGUUUUGUUGGGGGUGAAUUUGAACUGUGAUUAAAAUAGUUUUUGGUGGUUUCUUA